AAGGGGGCAUCCGAGUGAUUAGGGUCAUCUGGGAGUUUACCCGUGUCAUACGUCGUCGCCUAUUGCAGUCUGACAGAAUAGAAAGCGUUUUCUCUUGGUGAAGUGUUUUCGCUUCCUGGACACACCUGUUUUUAGCGGAACGUUUGAAGAAAUGAACGGAGGAGGCAGAGGAAGAGACGGAAGCCGAGGGAGAGGAGGGGACUCUCGAGCUGGCUCUAAUCCGUAUGGAAGGGGAUUCGGAAGUGGAGAUCAUCGCGGUGGAAAUCGUGGAGGAGGUGGACCCUUCGGGGGAGGAGGCCGAGGAGGCAUGGGGGGAGGAGGAUUCGGGUCUGUUUUACCCGUCCUGCGUGGUCCUCUGAAGUGUCUUUCGAACCACUGCGAAUUGGUCGUCUCGAAUCGCAGACAGGCGGUAGCCGUCUGGAAGCAUUUCGUCGAUUUCAAAGCGAGGGCGGAGCCAGGAAAGAAGCGGAUGCUCUCUUAUGAAGCGCGUCGGGAAAUUCUUGACGAAUUCCUGGAUGGCCUGGUUGCCUUGGGCCAUCUCGCGAGAGACGAGCGGGCUCUCAUUCUGUACGAUGGAGACCACCUUCUCGUCUGUAUGAAGAAACUUGAAUAUAUCGAGAUGCUUCGAGGCGUAUCCUUGAGCAUUCAUCCCCAGCAAAGCGUAAUCAUGGCCAACCUGGGGGAGCAACUCUCAAUGCAGAACAGUGCAACUGAGGAAGUUGCACAGAUUUUGCAGUUGAUCAUGAAUCAUGCCGCAGUUAUGGAGGGAUACCAAAUGUUCCACGGUGUCAAUUUCUUCAAAGAUAUGCCUGAGAACUUCGUUCCUCUCCGAGGACCGAACAAAGCGUUCCAGAUAUGGGACGGCUUCUCGCAAGCUGUAGCACCGUAUCAAACAGCAGGAACGAUGAGCUGGAAUGCGGUGUUCAAUCUUCGUGCGUGUACUUCCACGAAAGCUAUCCCUCUCGUCAAGUAUAUUGAGAUCCAGGCAUCUGCUAUUGCAAAACGAAUGGUGGACUUGUCGACAGAAAAAGGCUGCCGAGCCUUGAUGGCAGACGCGGAAGUAAUGAGAAGACUGAAUAGACGUCUGCGUGGCACGAAAUUGGAGUCGUUCCAUAUACUAAAUCGAGACACACAACAGCCAGAGAAGAGGGUUUACAAACUGAAGGAAUUAAUGACGUUCUCUGCAAGCAGUGAGGAGAGCCGUUUCGAUCUGCAGGACGGAAGAAGAGUUACGGUCCUGCAGCACUUUAAGGAAACGUAUCCUCACGCAUCUGGUAUUCCGCCGUUCCAGCCGCUCAUCAACACGCGGAGCAAGGAUCGCCCGGCAUACUUGCCAGUUUCCAUCGUCACGCUCAAACAUCAGCCAGCCCGGGAGGGCGUCACUGAAGAAGAUCGGGCGCAGGUGGCAGAGCACAUGAUCAUGCCUCCCCGAAAUCGCGUGGCGAAGACAGAGCAGCUGUUAAGCCUCGUCUUCGGGCCACAGGGACAUUCAGCCCCGAAGGUUCUCGAUGCUUUUGGUGUAAUAUUGCAGCUUGAAGCAAAAACAGCACAGGGGAGGGUCCUGGAAUCCCCUCUUAUCAAAUACCGCGAAGUACCAGGCGGAGGCCCUGGCAGGUCGUCGAAAACAGUUCGACCAGCUCAGGGCGACUGGAAUUUGCGGGACGCGGCUUUCUGUCGUGGCACAGUAUGCAAAGUCUGGGCAUUGUAUUCUUUCGUUGAGACGAGCCAAAAUGUUAUUGAGAACUUGGCAAGAGUCCUGAAGACGCAAGGCGCAAAAUACGGCGUGAAUUUGACCACUAAACCCGGACUGGGAGCUUACACGAGAAACGAUCGGCGCCCCAUGCUUGACCAGUUCGCCGCCUUUGUUGCACUCGCAAAAACCAAAGGGUGCGAACUCCUCUUCGUGAUUUUGAACGAACGGGUCUCCCUGGACAUCUACCAAAUUGUGAAGUCUUGCACGGACGUAAACUUCCCGUCACAGUGUUUAAACGGAAGACACAAAUGUAUCGACGCCAUCUUCCGUGGAGCAGACAAUCCAAACCCGCAGUAUUUCGCAAAUGUUAUGUCCAAAGUCAACAUGAAGUUGCAAGGAGUGAAUCAAACCCUCGAGGCGGAUAUAAUAAAGCAAGAAAUCGGAACGGACAAGAGCACAUUGGUCUUGGCGGUAGAAACAUCAUUCUUUGCAAAUCCGACUAAAACUUCUCCCCCGCCGACAGCGCCCAUUGUGUGUGCGUGUACGGGAAACAUGGACGAUGAUCUUGGCGCGUUCGGUCAUGCUGUUUGCGUUGAAUCGCGAAAGCAUCCCAUAGUGACUGAUAUUGGGAGUAUGUUUAAAACUAUUCUCUCCUAUCGAAAGACAACGAAAAACUGGCCGGCGCGAAUCAUCUACCUUCGAUCUGCCACUACAGAAGCACACUUCCCUCUUGUAUUGGCCGGCGAAAUCCGUGCGAUCGAAGAAUUAUAUGUUCGUGAAAACCGUUCAAAACCUCGAAUCCUCGCCGUAGCAGUGCAAAGGCGACAGCAAACACGUUUAUUCCCUACGAAGGAGAUGCAGGCUCAGGGAAACAAUCUGCCACCAGGGUUCUUGCUUGCGAAUAGUCUGCAACAUCCAGGGCACUUCCGAAAUUUCUUGUUGAUCUCACACAAAGCACUCCAGGGAACAGCGCGCCCAACAAGGUAUUACAUUUUAAGAGACGAUGCGAACCGCGACAUGGAAAAAGUUGCCCAGCUGAUGUACUCUCUGUGCCAUGUGUACGGUCGCUGCCAGCGAGCGGUCUCCAUUCCCGCUCCCCUGUACUACGCCGAGCUGCUGGCGGCAAGAGCUCAAAGCUACAUGAAGGUUGGCAUGCGUAGAGAAAGAAAUAUAGAUAUUGACGAUCUUUCUCACCUCAGUGGCGAAGCUGGGGAAAAGAUGCUGACUGAGACCCGACAUUUUGCCGAUGAGUAUUUGAGAAGCACGGCAGCUAAGGUGACCCCGAUGGUGUUCUGUUGAGACAGCAUUGAUGGUAUUUUUGCAGGUGUGUGGUAAUAUUCCAAGCUGCAUACUAUGACUCAGCGAAGCAGCCCAGGAUUCUCCUGCUCCAUGACCCCCGUCCUACAAGGUGCCAACAUCUGACCUACGGAAGUGUCGAAGGGGUGUAGCGGUAAAACGUAUCGCCCAUGAGUUAACUUCUGCGUGUUCCCUCUGAGCUACUGGAAUCGCGUCAGGAGUCCUUUGGUGCCUGGCUCGAUUUCGACAGGUAACUCUGUGGCGCUAUGAUUCUACUUCCUUUUUAUCUUCGUGUUCAGUUGUGCAUCGGGAGUGAAUGGCCACCUUGUAUUGAAGGAAGCCGCGGCCAGUGCUAUGUGCUGCUUGCCGUAUUCCCGUAUAUGGAUGCAUUUGAUAUUUUGCGCAAGCGGCUUCGGGGGUACAGUUAAUAAUUUUUUUUAGCGUGAGAACAGGCUGGUGGUGGUCCGCAAUAACGACGGGAUGCUCGCUCAACAUUUGGGUCCGGAGCAGUUUGGAUGCACGGACUCACACGCUUUCCAGGCCCGGCUCUCGGCAAAGGUGUUCUUACGAAGUACACGAGGAUCGAAGUCGACGAACAGAAUAGAGUUUGUUUCCCUCUUGGACACUACAAGUGGUGAAAAAGGCAUCCUAGCAUAGCAGUAUGACUCCGCGAAUCGAAAUACGAAUUGAGAUAUGAUGUGGACUCGCAAAAUGAGAAAAUAUCGAAGUUAGCGAGCCCAAUGCGACUCGGUGCGCGCGAGCACAUUUCUGACAAGCUGCGAUCGUCUCGGCCUCAUUUUAAUGUGCAGUGUUUCCUAGUAGCUAUAAUAUGCUGUUCACGAACCGUGGCGGUUGCGGUGGUACGGAAGAAUACGGGUUGGCCGUACCACACUUCAUCCAAGGUGUCGCACCUUUGCAUGUGAAUAUACGUACCCCCAAAACUAGAAGAUGUGUGCCAGUGUGUUAAUGUUGACGUCGGGGUUCAGUGUUUGCAUCAGCAACACUCCUGUCAAUGUUUGCGGUGUUAACGGCAGGACCAUGUCACCGACUUGUACUUGAACAUUGUUGGAUAGACCUGUGGCGGUUACUGUGCGGAGUAUUUGUCUUGUGCCCUGCCGUUCCAAUCAAAGCUCACCAAGCUCAGUACAGCAGCACAUAUCUACAAAUAAAGGGAAGUCGAACUAUCGGGGUGCAUCACAGUGACCGCCACAUUCAGCUCCAAAAGUGGUCAGGACCAAGUACUAAUCGGUGGUGUGUUCCUACCGUGAACACCGCAAACACUGAUAGAAGUGACCACUCGUACAAUUACAUCAACUGGCUUCGAUAAGUUUUUACGUCUGAAGCAUUGGAUGGCGUGUAUAUCUCGAGGUUCGAAGCAGGCCACGGAAACGGUUUCCCGAAAAAUAAGCUCUCCCUCAAUGUGUGGGCAAUACGUGAAGGUUUCAUCUGUCUGUUCCGCACUCGAAUUCUUACAUGAUGAACCGAAAGCAGUUGCCCGGGAACGGGGGGAGAUAUACUGGGGGCAACUCGUGACCGGUUGCACUCGGUUUCAGCCGAAACAACAUCUGUGAAGAAUGCUCGGGGCCGACAGUAUACUGCGCGGGUCAAAAUUGCUUACAUAACCUAGAAGUAUAAAUGGCCGUGCCAGUCCAGGUCAAUUUCACGUCACACGCAUCCGAUGUGUGAAGUUUUUUUUACCAGAGGUAAUCAUGUAACAUGUGUGUGAAAUAGGCGAGCAGCACCCCAUUUGGCGACACUCUCCCGGCAUUGGUCGUUGAGGUCAGCUCAAAAGUGGCACCCUAGCGUUUCUUUCCAAAAAUAGUCACUGAUGUGAGGUGUGGACACACAGCAGUUUACGGCUGAGUGGGUUUGCGAAAGGGCUCAUGCGUAUCUCAACUUCCAGCAACUGCAUCCAAGACUUGCUGCCUUGAGUAUGAACAAGCAGAGCAAAAA